CCGCUGUACUUGAAAUUCUAUACUAUCCUACCACAGCGAUUUCAUAUCGGUAAACUAAACCUAGGGUCGAAUAUAAUGCAAUUUACGUUCAAGUUGACUUCUAAGCAUAUCGAUUUGCCAGCGAUCCGGCCCAGCAGUGCCGGCUAAUCGAGGUUAUAUGUUGCAGUUUCGGUAGCGUUUCACUUCCAAACAGUUAGUCUCGCAAAGGCAGCUGAGCUGAUCGUUGAUUUUUUUUACGCUUCACGGAAGUCUUCAGAACGGGCGUCUCUUCAAGUGGUCUAAAAUAAACUCAUUCGGACAUUUUGGGUUUGAUACAGGCAUUUUGGAGGAUUGCAGAGCAUUCGCUUCAUCACCAUCAGACUCGAAGUAAGCCCCUUGAGAAUGGUUUUCUGAACAAUGUUUUCCAGCUGGGAUAGCCCUUUCGACAUACUACCGUAUAUUGUGACGGCAAUUGCUGCUUUUGUUUCGUUGUUUAAAUUUUACCUUCGUCUAACCUGUGGAAAAAUAACCACUAGUCGUAAUAUGGAAGGAAAAACAAUCAUCAUUACCGGCGCUAACUCCGGCAUUGGGAAGGAGACAGCCCGUGAUUUGGCGAAACGCGGAGCUCGGAUUAUAUUGGCUUGCCGUAAUAUGGACACGGCCAAGCAAGCACGUGACGAAAUCGUGGAGGAUAGCGGAAACGAAGCCGUUUUCGUGAAAAAGCUAGACCUGAGCUCGCAAGCAUCGGUACGGGAAUUUGCAGCCGAGGUGCUCAAGACCGAAUCUAAACUAGACGUGCUAAUUCAUAAUGCUGGAUUUGCGGAGACUUUUAAGAAAACCAAAAGCGUCGACGGCAUUGAGUUUACCAUGGCCACCAAUCACUAUGGACCUUUUUUGUUAACUCAUUUAUUGAUAGAUUUGCUGAAAAAAUCAUCGCCAAGCCGAAUCGUUGUCGUAGCAUCUGAACUGUACCGGCUGGCUUCGGUGGAUUUGAAUAAUCUCAAUCCGGUGAGCAGUCUGCCCGGGUAUCUGUACUAUGUAUCGAAAUCGGCGAACAUCAUGUUCACCCUGGAACUGGCUCGGCGCCUCGAAGGUACUAACGUAACAGCCAACUGUCUACACCCGGGGAUGAUCAAUUCCGGAAUUUGGCGCAACGUUCCUUUCCCACUGACCAUUCCGAUGGGUAUCGUGAAAACUUUUUUCAAAACCAACACUGAGGGUGCCCAGACGAGCUUGCAUUUGGCUUGCUCACCGGAAGUUGAGGGUGUCAGUGGCAAGUACUUCCGAGACUGUAAGGAGGCUGGACUAACGGCCGGAAUCAGCGAUAUGGAAAGGGCUGCCAAACUAUGGGAGGAAUCAGCGAAGAUUGUGCAGCUAACUCCGAAGGAUCCGAAGAUCUGAUAUUAUAUCUAUUCUGUAUCUCUUGUGUAAGUAUUUACAGUCCACACUAGUUUCUUUAAACAAAUAUCAAAUUAUUAAAUUAAAUAUCCACAGUCUAAACUGGUUUCUAUAACAAUAUUUGAAUCGCUAUGUGACACUAACACUCUUGUUCAAAAUUUAGCAAUCUAAAAUCGGAAAAAACACUGGCUGAGAAUCAACUAUAUACACGAUAUCGAACCGCGUUUACUCUGCCUAGCGUUUUAAUUUGUACCCAAACCUGAUUAUUAUGAGAAAUUUCAUGUGAAAAACUUACAUUGAAAAUGAUGCGUAAGUAUUGAAAAUAAUAAAACCAACAGUUGAGUUAUAUAACCAUAACCAUAACGCAGUUCUUAUAUAUACAAUAGAAAACUACUGAUGUUCAAUUAAAACAAAAAAAACUACUUGAAACUUGAAACUGAUAAAUAAAUGUCAACAAUAAAAAUAUCGGUUUUAUCGGCGGUCAGCCUCGGGUCACUAUGCAGCGUGCUUUCUUUUUUCUACGUAAUUUUCACUCGAAUAAAAAUGCAAUUUCAUAAUGAUAGUAUGCUCUCUAGAAAGUAAGUAGAAGCUGCCAGUUUCAACUUUUCAUCAAAUUAUGGCAACCCCCUAAUCAUCAUCCGGCCAGCGAUUCCUAGUUUACUUCGUCAACAAUGACAAACAGAUUGUACAGUCGAUGAUACCUCCGUAACCGUUAUCAGUGCGAGAGAUAAUGAUUGCUUUUUU